GUGAGGUGUGGAUGUGCAAGCAAUCAUUUAGCUAGCGUGCUAACGGUGAAGUCUAUUUGCAGGUUAGCAAACUGUUUUUAAGGAUCACUACACAGGUCCAACUCUGACAACGAGAAUGGAUAUAAGUUAACGAUGACUGGAGAGAAAAAGAAGAAAAAGCGGCUGAACCGCAGCAUUCUUCUGGCUAAGAAAAUCAUAAUAAAAGAUGGAGGCAGUCCACAGGGGAUUGGAGAGCCCAGCGUGUACCAUGCCGUGGUGGUCAUCUUCCUGGAGUUUUUCGCCUGGGGUCUGCUCACCACUCCCAUGCUCACGGUUUUACAUCAGACAUUCCCUCAACACACAUUCCUGAUGAAUGGCCUUAUUCAUGGAGUCAAGGGUCUGCUGUCGUUCCUGAGCGCUCCGCUCAUCGGAGCACUUUCAGACGUGUGGGGCCGCAAGUCCUUCCUGCUGCUCACCGUCUUCUUCACCUGCGCACCCAUCCCCCUCAUGAAGAUCAGUCCCUGGUGGUACUUUGCCGUUAUUUCCAUGUCGGGCGUCUUUGCGGUCACCUUCUCGGUCAUCUUUGCAUAUGUUGCUGACAUCACGCAGGAGCACGAGAGGAUCACUGCCUAUGGUCUGGUGUCCGCCACGUUUGCGGCCAGCCUGGUGACGAGCCCGGCCAUCGGGGCGUACCUGUCGCAGGCGUACGGCGACACGCUGGUGGUGAUCCUGGCCACGGCCAUUGCCUUGCUGGACAUCUGCUUCAUCCUGGUGGCCGUGCCCGAGUCCCUGCCGGAGAAGAUGAGGCCCGCCUCCUGGGGAGCACCCAUCUCCUGGGAGCAGGCCGACCCCUUCGCCUCGCUGCGGAAGGUUGGUCAGGACUCCACGGUCCUGCUCAUCUGCAUCACGGUCUUCCUGUCCUAUCUCCCUGAGGCCGGCCAGUACUCCAGCUUCUUCCUCUAUCUCCGACAGGUCAUACGGUUCUCGUCAGAAACGGUUGCUGCCUUCAUUGCUGUGGUGGGAAUCCUUUCUAUCGUGGCUCAGACGGUGGUGUUGGGAAUCCUGAUGAGAUCCAUAGGGAAUAAAAACACUAUUCUCCUGGGUCUGGGCUUUCAGAUCCUGCAGCUAGCCUGGUACGGCUUUGGCUCCCAGCCCUGGAUGAUGUGGGCAGCUGGGGCCGUGGCUGCCAUGUCCAGCAUCACAUUCCCUGCCAUCAGUGCCAUUGUGUCCCGCAAUGCAGACCCCGACCAACAAGGUGUAGUCCAGGGGAUGAUCACAGGUAUCCGGGGCUUGUGCAACGGCCUGGGCCCCGCGCUGUAUGGCUUUGUCUUCUACCUGUUCCACGUGGAGCUCAACGAGAUGGACCCAGCUGAGAGCCCUGAGAAGGGGUCCAAGCCCAACAUGGCCAACCCCACAGACGAGAGUGCCAUCAUCCCGGGCCCUCCCUUCCUGUUCGGCGCCUGCUCGGUGCUGCUCUCCCUGCUGGUGGCGCUCUUCAUCCCUGAGCACAACGGCGUGAGCAUGCGGCCGGGCGGCUACAAGAAGCACAACAACGGCGCCCAAAGUCACGGGCACGGCCCGCAGGGCGGCAUCUGCGAGGGCAAGGAGCCACUGCUGGAGGACAGCUGCGUAUAACCCCAGCCACUUGCACCCCACAGGCUGGGGUCGACGGGGUCGAUGGGGUCGAUGGUGGUGGUGGUCAUAAAGGGUUUUGGGAGUGGAUCAAUAAGGCUUUUUUUUUUUCGGUUUGUUUUUGUUUUGUUUUUUUUGUUUGUUUUUUAGGGUGGGACAGGGAAGGGUAAGCCUCAGGCCAACAAAGUGGGUGGAGGAGAGAAGAGGAUGCAACCCCCCCCCCGUCUCACCCCCCUUCCCCGCCACCUCCACCCCCCCUUCCUCACAUCCACACUACACCACCCCGCCUCCGCCUCCUUCACUCAACCCUCCUCCCAAGCUGGUUCUGGCAACGCUCCUUUGCUCUGGCGAGAGACUCCCACGGACUCUAAUGGGCCCUCCUGGGCCACCUAUAAGCUAAUACGCGUGGACAGAGCGCUGGCGCUGUGAGACCCAGUGCAGGGAACAAGCAAGGCUGGGCAGAGCACCAGCCGCAGCAGCACUGGGGCGGGGGAGGCGGGGAGGCGGCGAGCCAGGAACUUCAGCUCACGCAAGCUCAGUGCUCUGGAACUGUAAGGACACACCUUUGGCCUUGGAGCCACCAGGAAGUGGAUGCUUGGGUGUCAAGGCUCCCAUUUGAGGAGGCGCCUGCAAAAGUUUAAAUGAUGUACUUCAGUCGAAGGUUAUCCACAUAAUUUAAAAAUAGACUUUUGUGGCUGGUUCUAUUGUUUUUCCCACCCUCGUUUUUUUUUUUUUUGUUGUUUUUGUUUUUUUAAAAAGAGCAGACCAACAGACCAUACAAUGAUGUUACGGUUCUUUGUCCAGAUUUGUCCAGAGACUCAAAGAGUAACAGUUAACGUAUUGGUGAGCUCCAUUGUAGACACUGGGUGUGAGCCAAAACGUCACCUGC